CACCAUCUCACAAUUCGUCUUCCCAGUUCCCAGCCACCGACCAUGGAGGAGGCCCCAAGUUCGCAGGCGCGGAGGAGGGCUCUCCUCCUUGGCCUCCCGGAUGAGAUCGUCAUCUGGGAGAUUCUCGCCCGUCUCGACCCCAAAUCUCUCCUCCGCUGCCGCGCCGUCCACCGCGCCUGGCGCUGCACCACGUCCAGCCGCAGCUUCCUCCUUGCCCGCCACGCCCGCCAGCCCACCCUUCCCACUUUAUCCUGCAACGAAUGCCAUCUCGGCGUCCGGUGCCGUGACAUCCUCGUCUUUGACCACCGGGCUGCCACCGACGCCCAUCUCCACAGCGUCGCCUGGCUUGACGAUGCCUUCCACCUGGAGGCCUCCUGCGACGGACUCCUCAUCCUCUCCAAGUUUAACAUGACUGCCUCUGGAACCUCCUUCUCGGUCUGCAACCCGGCCACGCGUGAGCAUGCUCUCCUCGGGCCACCACGGGACUUCAAGAUUUUGGGGAUGUACCCACACCGACCUACCGGCGAGCACCGGUUGUUGCUGAAACAGAGGAGGUUGAAUCUCAUAGCUAAAUACCCAAUUGGCUGCUAUGUCUUCGUGUUGGGCUCCAACCAGCCACCUAGGUACAUCGGGUGGCCGGAGGCAGCGUCAGGGAUCUUCAACGUACCUGUACGGGUGCGCGAUAGCCUGCACUGGUACCCAGUGCAUUACCCGAGUGAAAACAAUCCACUGGACUAUCGUACUGAAAGCCAACUGGUAAUAGUAUUUGACACCAUAGCAGAGUCAUUCGGCCAGAUGCAUGCUCCAAUUGUUCCCACCAACUCAUAUCUCUUUGAGAUGAGUGGCACACUUGGCAUCCAUAGUCGUGACCAUGCCAAGGAAAUUAUUGAUAUAUGGGUGUUGCAGGACUACAAAAGCGAGGCUUGGGAUUUAAAGUACCGACUCAAAUUGCCGGUUGUAGAAAUCAGGAAGGAGUUUCAAGGUUGUCGUGACUGUUGUGAUUUCGACGUUGUUUCGGUGGAUGGUGACGUGCUCUUGCUGCUCAAUUUUGCUUCGUGGCUAUUUCAUGUUGAUAGUGAUGGCAAGUUGAUUAACAGUUUCUAUCGCAGUCGCCAAGAACUCAGCAUGUCUGAAUGUCGGCUCAAACAAAGUCUUGUUCAGCAUACCUUCUUUCCGGCUCUAGAAGGUUAUUCGGUGAAUACUUCGCCUUUCAUCGGACCUAUCUAG